AUGCAUCAACAAGAAGGGAUUCUUACCGAAGUACAGUUGCCUCCCAAGCUGUGGAUCUAUAGAGUGUUUGCUCCUUGCCACUCUGUCAUUAGCCCCACCCCGUACAAAGAUAACUGCAUGUAUGACAGCUGUAACUGUGACCAAAGUGAGGUCUGCAUGUGUGCUGCAAUCUCCUCAUACGUCUAUGCCUGUUCAGCGGCAGGAAUCCACCUGACUGGCUGGAGGUCGACCAUCUGUGGCAAAUUCAGUGAAUCUUGUCCAGCAGGAACAGUGUAUGCCUAUAAUAUGACCAGCUGCAUGCGUAUGUGCCGCUCCCUGAGCCAGACUGAUUACUCCUGCCAGGUCAGCGUCCCCACAGUGGACGGCUGUGGCUGUAAUGAGGGAACCUACUUGAAUGAGGAGAGGAAGUGUGUGACCAGGUCACACUGUCCCUGUUAUGAUAAAGAUUCCAUUAUUCCUGCUAAACAGACUAUCACCAUAGAGAACCCAUGA